AUGGAUAUUUGGUUACCUGUAGCACAUUCAGAUAAAUUAGUAUCUAAUCUUGGUCGUAUAAAGAACAAUAAAGGUGUGGUUUUAAAAGGCAAUAUCUGCAAACGGAGUGGUUAUGUAAAAACAGAUAUUAACAUUAAUGGUAUUCGAAAAAUUAUUAGUAUCCAUAUUUUAGUCGCUCGAGCCUUUAUUCCUAAUCCAGAAAUUAAGCCUUAUGUUAACCACAUAAACGGAAUUAGACAUGAUAAUCGGGUUGAUAAUUUGGAAUGGGUAACUCCUAAAGAAAAUGCCAAACGUCGAAAUACUGGUCGUAAGCACAGAAAAAUCGUGCAAAAGACAUUGGAAGGGAACGUUGUUCAGGUUUGGGAUUCUAUUCGUCUUGCAGGCAAUACACUUAAAAUUAUAGGCACAAAUAUUUCGCAAUGUUGCAGAGGAAAGCAAAAAACUGCUGGUGGCUGGUUAUGGAUGUAUUAUGAAGAUUAUAUAGAAAAAGAUCCCAAUGAAGAAUGGAAAGAGAUAGAGCUUAAUUCACGAAAAUUCCGAGUUUCAUCUUUAGGCAUGGUUCAGCUUGCCAGUGGUGUUAUCACCCAGGGAUCAUUAAACUUAGGAUAUCUCAAAGUUAAUGGACAUCUUGUUCAUCGUUUAGUGGCGUUAGCAUUUUGCCCCAAAGAAGAAGGCAAAGAAUAUGUAAAUCAUAUUGAUAAUGAUUCCACUAACAAUAAAGCAUCCAAUCUUGAAUGGUGUACACCAAAAGAAAAUGUACAGCAUGCAGUGCGCCUCAUGCUUCGGAAUGGCUGGAUGCGUCAACGUGCUGUCAAGCAAAUUUUAGAGGGUGGUUUUGCUCGAGAAUUUCCAUCCUUAGCUGAAGCACGACGCAUAACUGGAAUUGAUGAGUCCAGUAUUAGGAAGGUUUGCAGAGGACUUCAAACACAUGCUGGGGGGUGUCGUUGGGAAUAUGUGAGCACAAUAUCGCAUAAUCAUGAAGAUUCCAUAAACCAUUCGGACGUUAAUUUUUCAGAGAUAGGAACUUUUUAUUAA